AUGUCACUAACAGAGCUGCAAACAGAGCGACAGCAAUACCAGGAACAGCUGGACAUUGUCGCAGGCCAAAUCAGAGACGAUCCCGAUAACAAGGAGCUCGCGAGUCUCAAAGAGGAGUUAGAUCAAUUCGUGGCGCUUCUCAACGACAGCAUUGCUGAGUUACAGCCCAAGCAGGCACCGACGACAGGGUCGCCCAACGCACCCACACCACAACCCGCUGAAUCCGAGAAAUGGUCGCGAGAGAAUCACCCAGCCUUUAAGAAAGCUGCGCCAUAUGUCGAGGAGAAGGACGAGACCCCGGUCAGCUACCAGGUGAACGAUACCGUGUUGGCGAAAUGGCUGUCAGGCGACAAGGCAUUCUACCCGGCCAAAAUCACGUCGAUCACCGGCUCGUCUGCAGCGCCUAUAUACGUCGUCAAGUUCAAGAGUUACGACAACGUCGAGACUUUGAGAGGCAAGGAUAUACGGCCCGUCUCUAACAAAAGAAAGGCCGAUGGUCCUCCGGCACCGGUCGCGCCACCAGCACCGGGUGUCGUGUCCUCGGCCGGCGCCAAGUCAUACCCUGACGCGAAGAAGGCCGCUGAGAGGGACGACGUGCCCCAACCACCCAAGCCGAAGAAGAUCAAGGCGAAGAAGGAGCUCGAGACCAACAAGAACAAGUGGCAAGAGUUCAACGCCAAGUCCAAGUUUGGCAAGGCGCAGAAAAAGGACAGCAUGUUCCGCACGCCAGAAGGCGUCCACGGCAGAGUUGGUUUCACUGGCUCAGGCCAGUCGAUGCGCAAGGAUCCGUCGAGGAGUCGACACGUGUACCAAGUAAACGAGGAUCUGGACUAA